UUGAAACUAUAGAGCUCUAAACUCUCUAGACAAGUUUUGUUUUUGAAAUGGGGUUUUAGUUGAGAAGCAGGCGAGAAGGAAUUAGCAGCAUAAACCAAAACCCCGAAGCAGCAGCAUUGCAGACAAAAGAAACAAUGAAGAAGGUGAUCUCCCUAAUUCUGAUGGGCUGCGGAGGCGUUGGCCGCCAGCUCCUCCAACACAUCGUCUCCUGCCGACCCCUUCACGCCAAGCAGGGAAUCCACCUGAGAGUUGUGGGAGUAUCUGACAGUAAAUCCUUCGUUGUUGCGCCUGACGUGUCGACUAUGGAGUUGGCUGAUAAUUCUUUAUUGCAACUUUGCCGGAUCAAGUCCGAUGGUUCUUCUCUGCACACGCUUGCCGCCUCUGGUCAAGUAGAGGUAUUCACCGAUUCUGAAUCAACCAAAAAGAUUAUCGAUGUUGCUGCACUCUUGGGUAAAUCAACAGGUUUGGCUCUUGUAGAUUGCUCUGCGAGUUCUGAGACUAUUCCACUGCUCACCCAAGCGGUUGAUUUGGGAUGUUGCAUUGUCAUGGCAAACAAGAAGCCUCUUACUUCAACAAUGGAGGAUUAUGACAAACUAAUUUCACACCCACGUCACAUACGUCAUGAGUCAACUGUUGGUGCCGGCCUUCCUGUCAUAUCAUCCUUGCAUCGCAUUCUUUCAUCUGGAGAUCCUGUCUGCCGCAUUAUUGGGAGUUUGAGUGGAACAUUGGGGUAUGUUAUGAGUGAGGUCGAAGAUGGAAAGCCAAUUAGCGAAGUUGUGCGAUCUGCUAAAACUCUGGGUUACACUGAACCAGAUCCACGUGAUGACCUCAGUGGGAUGGAUGUUGCAAGAAAGGCUUUGAUACUUGCUAGGCUUCUCGGUUGGCGUAUUAAUUUGGAUGACAUUAAGAUUGAGUGCUUGUAUCCUAAAGAAAUGGCACCCGGUGUAAUGUCUGUGGAAGAAUUUCUGGGAACUGGGCUACUAUUGCUUGAUAAAGAUAUCAAAGAGAGAGUCUCCAAAGCUUCUUUGAGUGGGAAUGUGCUACGUUAUGUCUGUGUGAUUGAGGCCUCAAGGUGUGAAGUUGGCAUUCAAGAGCUUGCAAAGGAUUCUCCUUUAGGAAGACUGAGAGGAAGUGACAAUGUGCUGGAGAUUUACAGUAGAUGUUAUAAUGACCAACCACUGGUCAUUCAAGGAGCUGGAGCUGGCAAUGAUACUACUGCUGCUGGAGUCCUUGCUGAUAUCAUUGAUAUUCAAGAUUUAUUUCCUUGAAAGGUCAUUUUCUGUAACAUACAUGGGAGAAACUGUGUGCCUAUUAGGAAUCUUAAAGUAGGAAAUACAAUUUUCAGAGGAGGUUCUGGUGAUUGUUAGCCAUGUUGAAAGAAAGAAUGUUGCAGAAACUGACGAGCAUAUUGCAAUAACAUGGAUUUUCCUUGUCUUAUUAAA